AACCAGUGGCCUGACUGGAUCGAGCAUAUAUAAGUAGGGGUCGCCUAUGAUCCGUAAACUUCAGUGCUUCUAUAAACCGCCGGAGGAACAGACAUGUCGGAAUACAAGUACCUCUCGGGUUUUGGGUCUCACUUCUCAUCUGAGGAUGAGCGGUAUCCCAACUCCUUGCCAGUGGGACAGAACUCACCUCAAGUGUGCCCAUACAAACUCUAUGCGGAGCAGCUAUCCGGAAGUGCCUUCACUGCGCCCAGGACGGAGAAUGUGCGCACGUGGCUCUACAGGAAGUUGCCCUCUGCCGUGCACCUUCCAUUCCAGCCCUUCAAGGGUGCGGAGUACUUUAGGCAAAACUGGGAUGAGCAGCCACCGAAUCCAAACCAGCUUCGUUGGAAACCCUUCGAUCUGCCUCCAAAGGAUGGAAAAAGGGUGAACUUUGUGGAAGGCUUGCACACGGUUUGUGGAGCAGGAGAUCCCAGAUCUCGUCAUGGUCUCGCCAUACACAUUUACUCCUGCAACAGCUCAAUGGAUAACUCGGCUUUCUACAACAGCGAUGGUGACUUUUUGAUUGUGCCCCAGCAAGGAGUCCUGGAUAUAACCACAGAGUUUGGAAGGAUGUCUGUGGCUCCAAAUGAGAUCUGCGUUAUACCACAAGGAAUACGAUUUGCUGUAAAUGUGGAUUCUCCUUCUAGGGGCUAUAUCCUGGAGGUCUACGAUGGUCACUUCGUUUUGCCAGAUCUGGGUCCCAUUGGUGCUAAUGGUUUGGCCAAUCCCAGAGAUUUCGAGACACCUGUGGCGUGGUUCGAUGAUCGUGAUGUAAAGGACUUCCAGGUAAUUUCAAAAUUCCAGGGUCGUCUCUUCGUAGCCAAGCAAAAUCACAGCGUCUUUGAUGUGGUGGCUUGGCAUGGAAACUAUGUGCCCUUCAAGUACGAUCUGUCCAAGUUCAUGGUGAUCAACUCGGUCAGCUUUGACCAUUGUGAUCCCAGCAUAUUCACCGUGCUCACUUGUCCCAGCUUAAGAGCUGGAACUGCCAUAGCCGACUUUGUGAUCUUCCCACCCCGCUGGUCAGUGCAGGAGCACACCUUCAGGCCACCCUAUUACCACAGGAACUGCAUGAGCGAGUUCAUGGGCCUGAUUCUGGGCAAGUAUGAGGCCAAGGAGGAUGGCUUUGCAGCUGGAGGAGCGACUCUCCACUCCAUGAUGACGCCACAUGGUCCAGAUGUCAAGUGCUUUGAAGGUGCCUCGAAUGCCAAGCUGGUGCCGGAACGCGUGGCCGAGGGAACUCAGGCCUUCAUGUUCGAAUCCUCUCUAAGUUUGGCCGUGACCAAGUGGGGCGAGGAGACCUGCCAAAAACUGGAUGCCGCAUACUAUGAAUGCUGGCAGGCGCUAAAGAACAACUUUCAAAUAACUAAAAAUUAGCAUAUUUAACUGAAGCAAAACACGCUAUGAUAAAAUUACACCUAAUUUUA